GUUAGUUCAAGUCGAAGUCAGUUUGGCGGCGGUCGCGUCGAGCGUGGUUGUUUCUGUUUUUAUACGCUUUGACAAAAUACGCGCUUACUUAUCCGCAAUUACUUUAAAAAAAAUCACAAAGAGUAUUAUUAUUAACAGUGCAGUGUUAUUCAUUGUGAAGUGGAGUUCAGCGUUUGUUAAAAGAUCCGAAAGACGCUGAGGCGAUCGAGAAAGUUCUAAUACAGUCGGUAAAUAAAUCAGUAAUUCAACAAUACGAUGCGGUGAUAAUGUGUUUUCAAAAUAAUAGUAGGUGUUGUUUGAAAAGUUUUAAUAAAAAUCCUAGAAUCCAAGUGAAGUGAUAUAAAAUUGAAGUGUUGUUUUAAUUAAGUUCGAAAUUCAAAAGUGAACGUUUAAAGUGAGUUUCUGAUUGUUCCAAAAUCAAAAGUGUUUUCGAGUGUGCAUUUAAAGCGAGUUCGAUUAUUCCAAAUUCAAAUUUAAGUUUACCCGAUUAAUCAGCAGUGAGUUCGUGAUUGUUCCAAAUUUGAUUACUGAGUACGCUUGUGUAUGAUGAGUGGCGAGUAUGGGUGAGCCUCAAAAGCUGCACAAGACUUGUGUAAGAGUCGGCUCCGCUGAUGAAGAGGAGGCGAGGGACGAGGUCGACGGAGUCCUGCCAAAGAAGAAUCCUUUUGUUAGGGGCUCUGACCCUCGGGUGGCGACAUGUCGCGGGCGACUGCAGACCAGGCGGUGUCAACUGAACCAAGAGAUCAAUAAGGAGCUGAGGCUACGGGCUGGCGCUGAAAACCUGUUCAAGGCAACAACGAACAGAAAAUUGCGGGAAACCGUAGCACUGGAGCUGAGCUUCGUCAACUCCAACCUCCAACUCCUCAAAGAGCAGCUGGCAGAACUGAACUCCUCCGUCGAACUCUACCAGAGCGAUAGCAAAGAAUGCGUAAUGCCAAUGAUCCCUCUCGGCCUGAAGGAGACGAAGGAGGUGGACUUCAGGGACCCGUUCAAGGACUUCAUCCUGGAGCAUUACAGCGAGGACGCGGCGCACUACGAGGACGCCAUCUCCGACUUUAUGGACAUGAGACAAGCAAUCCGGACCCCCGUGCGCUCGACGGCAGGAGUUGCCCUGCUCUUCAAGUACUACAACCAGCUGUACUACAUCGAGAGGCGGUUCUUCCCGCCGGACCGGUCCCUGGGCGUCUACUUCGAGUGGUUCGAUUCAUUAACAGGAGUCCCAUCGUGUCAGCGAACAGUGGCUUUUGAGAAAGCAUGUGUCUUGUUCAACAUUGCUGGCAUUUACACACAGAUCGGCGCUAAACAGGAGCGCAGUCGUUGCGCCGGGCUGGACGGCGCAGUGGACGCGCUGCUGCGUGCGGCCGGCGCGCUCCGGCACAUCCACGAGAACUUCACCAACGCGCCCUCGGUGGACCUCGCCGCAGACACGCUUCUCGUCCUCGGCACCCUCAUGACGGCUCAAGCCCGCGAGUGUCUGCUGGAGAAGCUGCAGCUGCAGGCGGGGGGCGAGGCGGGUGACGUCACGCUGGACCUGGCGCAGGAGAGCGCGCACCUGGCGCACACCUACCGACAGCUGCACGCCAAGAUGCAAACCGAGGGUGUCUUCAACUACGUGCCAUACUCGUGGGUCUCCCUGGUCCACGUCAAGACUGAGUUCUACCACGCGCUCGCGCACCAGUACUGCGGCACGGCGCUGCUCCACUCCACUCCCUCUGCAGAGAUGAGGGAGAGACUGGACGCGCUGUACUCCAAUGAGAACGACAGGAGUCAGCAGAACGGUAACUCCAUAUUGAAAGAGCAAGACUAUGACCUCACAGCCCUGGGGAGGGCGCAUCUAGCCGAGGCCGUCGCCCUCUAUGAAGAAGCGUUAAGACUACAAAGAAUGUGCAGAGAGUUACGGGACAAGGAAGCGCUGUCCGUGGUGGUGCGAGCUCAUUUGGAGCAGGUGGCGCAAGAACAGAACCCGAAGGCGGAACAAAACGACUUCACGGAUCUACUGGACGCACCCAACAUCACGCCGUCAUCGAAAUUUCAACUGGCUCUUACACCUCCGGACUUCUCGCAAUACCGAGUCGAGGACUUGUUCAAAUCCCUCGGACCCAUCGCGGUUUUCUCAGCCAAGCGGCACUGGAGCGCUCCUAGAUUAGUCCAGCUCCAGAAAAACACCAGAAGAAGAAACUCCAGAAUCGAAGACCCAGACCAGGAGAGACUAAAAAGAUCGAACGACAAAAGGGACAGAUCAGAAGACAACAGCGCCUACUACAACCAGAACAGAAGCGACGAGAAGCAUUCGGAAGAUUACGAGAAGAAACUCCUCAAAGUGACGAAACAGAACGGGAUAUACAUAAACAGCUAUAAUAACAAUUUCGAAUACCACCCCAAAGUCUUGGACUACGAGUCGAAAUACGAUUAUAGGGCUGAGAAAGGGGACAGAGAGAACGGGAAGAAAAAUGGGAGGGAGAGAAGGAAAGACCAGCUGAGGAGGGCGGCCAGUGAAUACAAUGUCUCUGGUAAAGACGACGAGGGGUUCGGGUUCUCCGUGAGAGGGGACGCCCCGGUUGUCAUAGCCGCCGUCGAACCCAACUCCUUGGCAGAUGUUGGGGGAAUGCGGGAAGGAGAUUUCAUUAUCUCGGUCGGUGACGAGGAUGUCAAGUGGAGUUCACACGAUGAGGUCGUGAGGCUGAUACAGCAGGCCGCGGACACGCUCACCUUGAGGCUUGCGACGCCCAUGGAUAAGAGCUCCAUCAAGCUGCCCCCCGCCGCGGCGCGACCUCCCCCCUCCAGCGAGGGCUCGGUGUCAGCGGCCUCCAGCGCCUCCAGUGGCUCCUCCCGCGCCACCCCGCGUCCCGUCCCCCGCGCCGCCGCCCCGCGCCGCGCCCCUUCCUGGAACCCCUUCCGCCGGCACUCGUCCCGGGACAGCAGCGCGCACCGCGCCGACCACAACGUCAUAUUCAGAUAAAUCACACUUCUCCUACCCCACGUAUGUAAUCGUUGGCCUCUUGAAAGAACGUUGUAUUCACGCAGACCGCAACUGGUCGGUACGAGAGAGAUACAAACUGUACAGCAUCCAAUUCUGCUAUGCGACAUAGGACUUGUUUGCUCCCGAUAUAUAGAUGGCACUGAACGGUUAUUCGUCAAUUUAGUAACAACAUUAAUUAUGUACAGAGGUAGAAUAAGUUUUUUUUUUAAUACGUAACCGGCAGCCAUUUUAUUUCAAACGAAAAAUACGACGACAAUUCGGAUCAAAAGGUACGCGAGGAACAAACCAUUUUACAUACAACACGUCACGACUCCCCACUAGUGACGUCACACGUUUACUUUGACGCGGAUUAAUCAUAGAAUUACUAUGUCACAUUUAAAUAAAUAAAUGUAAUUAAAAAAAAAUUAUAAUCACUGUCCCAUCGUGUUAUUCCAAUUAAGAUUUAACCAACUGCUUCUUAGAACAAUCUAAGUGAACAAUUGUCACUUUAGAUGUCGGCGGCAUAUAUUUAAUCGAUGGCAAUUAAUUCAAUGCACUUUAUAACCAAACCAGUGACAUCGGAGUAAUCAUUGUAUUUAUCUGUACAUAUCUCUUAAAUUUCGCGACAACGCCUUCCUGUCGUCACUUUGUCGCUUAAGUAUCGUUUUAGACCGUCGCUGGUAUAUGCAUUGCAAACAUUAUUAAGAGACUGGUUCUUACCACGACUUUUUUGCAUGUGUAUGCAGAAGAGCUUAAACACCAUGUGAUAGUGAGUGAUUACCGUGGCUCAUGGACAUUAGCAAUGCCGGAUUCACAGUUAAGCCGCUGCCUACCGCCAACAUCUUAAUAAAAUUCAAUGAGUUCUCAAUGUUUCAUGUCGCGUUCAGACACACCCAUAUAAGAACCCGUUAAAUACUAUGUUAAUUGUAUUGUAAUUAUAUUUUUAUAAUAAAUUCCGUCCAAAUUUCAUGUACUUUAUCCAAUAAUUUUUACUGGUGGUAGGACCUCUUGUGAGUCCGCGCGGGCGUUUACCACCACCCUGCCUAUUUCUGCCGUGAAGCAGUAAUGCGUUUCGGUUUGAAGGGUGGGGCAGCCGUUGUAACUAUACUUGAGACCUUAGAACUUAUAUCUCAAGAUGGGUGGCGCAUUUACGUUGUGGAUGUCUAUGGGCUUCAGUAACCACUUAACACCAAGUGGGCUGUGAUCUCGUCCACCCAUCAAAGCAAUAAAAAAAAUAAAAAUAAAAAUUCCUACGGUAUAAAUUCGCGUCCUUUAUUGUUUAUAAACUCCGUCCAUACAACUAAGAUUGUUGAUGAUUGUAAAUUCGUGCGAAGAGAAUGUGUUAAAGCAAGAUUAUACCCUGAUAGUCUUAAUAAUAAAAUAGUUUAUAUAGUUGAAAUCUGUUAAAUGUGAAACAAUUAUUCAAUGGCUAUGAAUGUUCCAAAGCGUUGUUGUACGUAUUAAUCAGAAGGUAAUCAAUAAAUUUAAUUAUUUGAUGGUGUCAUCCGAAAAGGAAUCCACUAGAAUAUUCAUUAUAAAACAUAUCAAUGUUAAUGAAAGUCAAUAAUAGUGACACGUCUGGCUUCCUUGUACGCACGAAUUUAGUUCACUAGCGCCAUCUGUUAAUCAAGGUACCCAACUAAAUUCAAUUUUGCCGGGAAGCCAAAAUUUUUUAUUUUCAAUUUAAACCGCCUUUUAGUUGAAUUAUCAAAUUAUCCGUCGCCAUCACCGAGCCAUCUUACGUACCUUAAAUGUAUGGACAUUAGAAUCAUUGCGUUCGCGAUCUGUGUUGAUAUGUCAUUUUGAAUUGUCAUUAAUAUAUUUUCUGUACGAGUCGGUGAUUUUAUCGCAAGUAGAAUCAGAUGAGAAUGAGACCAGCUAGUUUAUUGAAUGACAAAUUAAUGGCAUUUCAUUAUAUUUUUAAUAAUUGUAUUCAUUAGUUUAGCGUUCUAGAGAAGCCGAACGAAGUAUAUAUAAGCAAAUACAAAAUACAAUUAAUCUGCAUUAUAUUUUAUUUAUUUAUUUUAUCUUUAUACUUAUUGUAGACAAAAAGAAAAUACAAUAAAAACAGAUUUAAAGAAUGUCUAAAUACUAUGUACAAAGGCGAGCUUAACUCGUUCAUGAGUUUUCUUCCAGCAAACCAUUAGCAGAGAGAAAUACGAUGUAUAAGAGAGGAAUAGUGUACAAUAUAAAAGGUAUUAAAGCAUGAUUUUUAAACUUAGCUUUAAAAAAAACUAAUAUAUAAUGAAAAAUACAUAUAAAUAAACAUACAUAAAACAAUAACUUAAAUACAAUUAAAGUGACAGGAAAUGUUUCCUCAUUUGACUCUUAAAAACUUCUAGAGAGGAACUAGCACGAAUAGGUAUUAUCUAUAGGAAAUUAUAUAUAAUUGUCACAAAAUAUCUUUAUUUGUAAUUACAUAUUAUCUGCUAAUGUAUAUUUUUAAUAAAUAAAUAAAUUUUACUGUGUUAUUUUGGUUGUGAUCGAUUAAAGAUAACCAAACGUAUUUUUAAAUGUUAAAUUGAUCGCAUCCAAAACUUCGGAAUUGGCGGGAGAGUGAGGUGAUGUCGGCCAUGUUGUUGUUUAAAAAUAAAUGUUUAUUUUUGUGUUUUUUUCUUUUGUCAAAUCUCCAUUCACAUGUAGACUGAUUAUAAUAUCGCUCCUCAUAACUAAAAGUAUCAACUGAAAAAAAUAUCUAUGCAAUAUUCCGGAAUAUCUCAAAAAUCUACUCGUAAUCUCGUGUCGUGUUGUCUCGACAAAAAAAAUAUUGUUUUCCGUUAUAAAUAAAUAAUCUUUAUCCUAAGGAAAAAUCUUCUAUAAUUAUAAACUUUUCCGGGUAUGACCUUGAACUUAGACGAUAGAAUUGCCAUACUAAAAAAAUAAAGAGCAGAAUCAAAAAAACAUUCAUAGAGAUUGUUGGCACUUGUCUGACCCCACAAUUUCAAAUUUUGCAAACCUCUGAGUUAAUACUGUUUUAAUUGUGAGGCGCGAUUUUCUGCUGUUAUUUAAAUGUAAAAUAUAUUUAAAUAAAAAUGUAUAUCGAUGUAUAAACAUUAGAAAUAUAAAUAUAAUUUGUUGUUGUUGGUGUAUUGUAUUUAGUUAAAAACAAUAAAAGCGUUUCAUCAAA